GUAGCAGCGAAAUCAGUUCCUCCGUGUGUUUUGGCGAGGCACAAUUACACGUCGGUAUCAAAGUUGAAAGACAAUCAUGAGGGUCACUUUCUUGGCGGUGUUCGCCUUCACCGCCGUACUUUUCGUCGGCGCGAUAGCUCGCCCUGAGGGUAUGAAGGAGCCCAAGAGACGUUUUCGGCGCUGGGUUCAAGAGCGGGAUGGGUCCAGGAGAACCUGGGCCCCAAACCCUUCGCCGGCUCUACGGGAGCGGGAAUCGAUCGAUCUUCGCCCCUCUAACAGCUACGGUGAUUCGAACUUAUACCCGUCUGGACAGCUGCCGGUUGAAGAUUUGUCGUUUCAAGAGGGUGCCUAUGGGGAUGAGGCCAUGGAAUGGGACAGGAGCGACGACUUCCCGGGUACGGAUACGGGUCUACGCGCUUACUUCGGACUACCCAAGUUAGACGACGCACGAAAACAUCUUCCACAAAAUCUGGAUUUUGAUGGUGACAACGAGAUAAGCUACCAGCAGGGCCGCAAUAACCUCCAAAAGUAUGACCAAAAUAUCGACAAUGAGUAUUACGACAAUGGGUACGAUGAUUACGAGGAAGAUCUUUCGGAUCCAAGUGAUACCUACGAUGAUGAGUCGAGAUCAGACGUGGAGACGUUCUAUCCUGAAGAGCAUUCUAAAUCUGGCGGCGACAACUCCAUGCAAAGGGAUGGAUAUCCAGCCGCUUCAUCGCGCAUGUAUUCCAACGUUGGUCGUAACUUUCGCAUUGACAAGCGUAUAGGCGCCGAUCUACCUCCUAGACAUCAAGCCGAGCAAAGACGUUGGUGAAUAUUGGAUUUAAUUAAUGAAUCAACGACUUAUUUGUAUAUUUUCGUUCGAUACCCUUCGAAAACUUCUGGUCGUAGGGUGCAGCAAAGUAUGUUAUGUUAUAAUAAUUUUCAUGCGUGGUGUGUAUAAAUAAAGCAUCUAGUAGUCCCA